AUGACGUUUGGGGAGUUUGGCGGAUUUUCGGAUACAAGGUUUGCGAACAUGGCUCUCGCACCGGAGGAUUUCCCGCAGAUGUGGCAGCGGCCAAGCUAUGAAGAGCUCACUGGCAUUCUGGAGAGCCUAGAGCUGAGCCCUCCCGUUUGGAACCAUAGACAGCAGCGGUCAGACAUUGUUGCGCAGCAAGAAUCGCUCGCCACUCAGCGCAAGGCAGAAGUGACUCGCUACCUUUCAUCCAUCAUAAAGAGCCCUCUGGCUUGGAUCGACGAUUAUGACAAGCAAGAGGCCUUGUGGGAGCUGGCGAGUAAACGCAUGUCUGAGCGAUGUGGCCGCACUGCCAUGGGCGAAGUGACGAGACGGUGGCCGUUUGAAGGCGAUGGCGCCGCGUGCGAGCCGUUCGAGCUGAUCAUCAAAGAGCCUGCUCUGACGGGGGACUCGCUUGGAUUCAAGACCUGGGGCUCAUCGUACGUGCUGUCACGCUUUUUGCCUCGACUUGCUGCGACUUCGCUGUUCAAGAUCUUUGACGAGACGCUUGGCCAGCCUCCUCCUACGGUUUUGGAGCUCGGAUCAGGAACCGGGUUGCUGGGUGUAGCGGCAGCGGCUUUUUGGCAGACGCAUGUGAUUCUGAGUGAUUUGCCGAACAUCGUGCCUAAUCUCAAGGAUAACAUGGAGAAGAACAAAGAUCUGGUGGAGUCUCGAGGAGGGUCAAUGUCUGUCGGUCCACUUACAUGGGGUGGAGAAGAAGACGAGAUUGACCAGGAACUCUUUGGCGAAUGCUUCCAGUUCAAGGUCGUUCUCGUUGCUGAUCCUUUGUAUGAUGACGACCACCCUGCGCUUCUCGCUUCGGCAAUCUGCCAGAAUCUUACUCUUGGCUCCGAAUCCAGGGCAGUGGUCAUGGUGCCUAUGCGAGACGAUACAACGCGUGGGCUGUUGGAGUCCUUCAAGCAGGCCAUGUUGGAUCUCGAGACGCCGCUGUUUCUCGAGGAAGAGAAGAAGUUGGAUGGUGAAGAUGACUGGGGCGAGGAUGAGGACGAGGGCCAGGUUGAAUGCUGGCUGGGUGUCUUUUCUCGUGGCGGAUCUCCUUUGACGGCGUAG